GAAAGUAAUAAAUGCAAUUGUUUUGAAGAUGUAGUGCAUUAUAAUGAAGACUGCUUUUUCAAGCACUAGGACCGCAGAGGAACCAUUUGAAGGCUUUUUAGGGGACUGAUUUAAAAUGCAAACUCCCACACAGCCAGUAAGACAAAAAUAUUCAAACUCAACUGGAGUCUCUGAGCCGCGAGCUGCGAGAAAUUUUAGCAGUCUGGUUCUGCCUUCGUGUACCAGAUGCAAUCCCAGAGACAGAAUUCUGAGCUGGAUGCCUGUAUUAAAAACGAUAUUCGUUUAAAGCAGUAAAGACAUAGAGGAGACAACUGAUUUGUGAAAUGGAAAUUGAUUUGCCCUUAAACUAUAUCACACACAGACUGAAGUUUAACAAUAAACUGUGAUCCUGUUUUCUCCAAGAUUGAGGACCUUCACAAUGACCCUGUUACAGAUCCUGGCCAUUAUUUUCUAUUUUGCCAAGCAAUCCUCGUUCUCUGCCAUAGACUCCAAUAUGACCUGGCAUAGACCUGAGAUCCCAGUGUUCCUUCCCCAAGAAAUACUGAAGUUGGACAAACCCCGAUUCUCUGCAAAGGCUAUGCCAGAUCUGACCACUCACUGCAAUGAGGAGUGCCUGUGGAAAGAGGCUCACCCUACCUUAAAGGAUUUAAAAGAAAAUCUCUCUUAUGAAACAGUUUACACCAACGGCACUCGAACACUCACUAUGGUAGACUUUGCUGACUUUGAUCCAAGUACCUUUCUCUUGAAACAGUACACCCCUAGGAGAUUACGGCGUAAGAGGCAGAUUUUCGGAGUGGAUGGAAGAUUUGAUAUUUCUGGAAAGCAAUUCUUGCUUCAUUUCCCCUUUUCUACAACGGUGAAAAUCUCCACAGGGUGCACAGGAGUCCUGGUGUCAGAUAGACAUGUGUUAACAGCAGCACAUUGCAUCCAUGAUGGGAAAGAUUAUGUCAAGGGGGCGAAAAAAUUAAAGGUUGGGUUUUUGCAAGAGAAUCCCAAAACCCAAAAGUUGGCAAAAAGUUCCAAACUUCCACCAAAAUUAUUGACUAGGUGGUCACGUGUCAAACGCACACAGGUACCAAAGGGUUGGAUACGAUCUCAGAAUGACCUCAGUAUGGACUAUGACUAUGCUUUACUGGAAUUGAAGAGGCCUCAUGACAGGCCACACAUGGAGAUCACAGUUAUGCCAACUACAGACCAAGUAGCGGGCAACAGAAUCCAUUUUUCAGGAUUUGACAGUGACCGACCUGGACAGCUGGUGUAUCGAUUUUGCCGAAUAAUCAAUGAGACACCUCAUCUCAUCUACCAGCACUGUGACGCUCAGCCAGGCUCCAGUGGCUCCGGAGUGUAUGCUAAAUUGUGGUUGCCAGAGAAACAGCAUUGGGAAAGAAAGAUUGUCGGUAUAUUUUCGGGACAUCAGUGGGUGGACCUCAAUGGGGUGCAGCGAGAUUACAAUGUGGCAGUUCGCAUUACACCACUGAAAUAUGCACAGAUCUGUUACUGGAUCAAAGGCGCUUAUAGUGAUUGUCAUCUCCAUUAAAGCCUAGAGACAGCAGCACAAAGAACACAAGAAUGACCCUGCCCAUUUAAGGCAUUCAGUACCAAUUUUUAAUUCCAGCACACUGAUUCAAAAAUAUUGAGGCCCUGCACAAGAGGACAGACAGCUGGAGCCUUUCUAGACAAAACUCCAUUUUCCUUGUGAUCAAGGUCACUGACCGAGAAGUUGAAGAAGUUUGAACAUAUCAAGACUUGGUACAUCAAUGAUCAGGUUGCCACCUUUGCAAAGUUUAAAGCUAAUCAGGAUGCAACAUUGGGGCAAAGGGUGGACUUCACUCAUUUUCUUAAUAGAUAAAACUAUUCAUUCAUUCAGCAUUGACAUUAAAAAUUCACUCAUUCAGCAUUGACAUUAAAAAUGAGUGUGAACUAAGUGGGUUCAAUUUCUGGAGUCAUCAACCAAAAAAAAAUCAUCUGAUCAAAAAAAAAUUAGUGGCCACCCUAUUCAUGAAAACCGUCUCAGUGAUUCAGUAACAGUUCUAAAGAACAGAUUUCUCUCUAGUUGCAGUUUUUUGUAAAAUUAAUUUCAAUAAGGAUUGAAAAGGAAAUUUGGAAAGGAAACAGAAAAUAAACAUAUUUAAAGCAACAUUAUGUUUAAAAUCCCUACAAUCAUGUGACAAUGCCAUCAAGUCCUUUUUUUAGAACCAAUUACUAACCUUCAGUGAUUUUAAGUUGUGCUAUUUUUCCUUUUUCUAUUUUGCUUGGAUAAAGCUUUUAGCUUCGAGCUAUUGCCCUAUGACAGAAUAACUAGAACUAGGGCAAGUUUAUUUCACUGUACUAAUUUGGAAAUUGCCACCAUUCAACAUUGUGGAACCUUCUGAAAUCUUAAUAGUCAUUUGAAAAAUACCUUUCUUGAUGGUAUUUAAGGAAAGAUUAGAGAUACCCAAAUAGAAGCAAACUACCACUGAUGCUGGAAAUCUAAAACAAAAGUACUGAAGAAACUCAACAGAUCUCACAGGUUCUAAUCUGAAUGAAUCAGA